UACCGGCGCAUCAUAACAACAAACAACAUGGUACCCGUACAUCUCGCCACGUAUCUAUUGACCAGCUAUAAAUACCAGCCUAAGCAAAAAAUGGUCCUCUUAAUGGAAAACCGAUGAAGAUCGAACACUUAAAAAUAUCAUCAGGAGAAUUGCCGACGGUUUAUACUAGGUUCUGCAGUCUUAUUCUUACAGUUAGACAGCUCAGCUAGCAAGUGGCAGAUCUGUUGCAAACAUUGAUGCCUGGACAUCUCAUCUUGCAGUUGGGCGAUACAUUGUUCAUGCACCUGAGUGAUUGACCCUACAACAGUGAACUCUUGGUCACAUGUACCGGUACGCCUGUACAUGUACUUUGGUGAAAAAGAUCACGUAGCAUGUACUUGUAUGUAAGAUGUUGUCUUCAAAAGAGACUGUUGCACCACUUUAGAAGAUGACCUUGUACCAAUAGAAGAUGACCUUGUACAACUUAAGAAGAUGACCUUGUACCACAGUUGUCUGACUUUCUGGACACACUGUAGUCUAUGUGCUCUGAAGAUAUGGCCAGCCACACAAAUUUUGAAUUCUUGAAUACAUGUGAAGACGGUGCAUACACUGUGUGUUCGCUAAAAUCCUGCAGUAUUAAAAGGCUGUGCCUGUAUUUCAAGAGAGAAGCUAAAGUCAUUAUUGAUCCUACACAAAGGGAAAGAUGAAUAUUUAAUUAUUUGAACAGAGAUGACAAGAUCAAUUUUGAAGCAAAAAGAAAAAAUCAAUAUUUAUUUAUUACAGAAGAUAUAUUUUGGCAAACUUUUAUUUAUUGACAUGCUCAAUUUGAUUUUUAAAAGUCUUUGAAUUAAGUUUAUUCUAUUUUUGAGUGGAAGAAUUAUUGACAAGAUGGGUUCCGUUGUAACUGACAACUCGAUCUUCAGCUAUCGGUAUUUGACGAUGGUGAACCUGAUAACGUUAGGAACCGAACUCUGCUCGUCUGCGGCCUUCAGCUAUCUCCCUCCCCUACUGCUCGAAGCUGGCUUCUCAGAAAGCGGGAUGAGCACCGUCAUGGCCAUGGGACCGUUCCUGGCGCUGUUUCUGCUCCCUGUAAUGGGUACGUCAAGUGAUCGUUGCCAAAGUCGGUUUGGGCGUCGUCGACCUUACAUCGCCGUACUCUCACUAGGAAUCAUCGUUUCGCUGACCCUUCUUCCAAACACGAAACUGAUCACUGCCUACUUCACCCCCUACUUCACCCCCUACUUCCCGGAGAAGCAAUUCGGCUUGAUCGUUCUAGCAGCAUGUGUGAUUCUUCUAGACUUCUGCUCUCAGGUAUGCUACACGCCCAUCGAGUCACUCCUGUCGGACCCCUGCAAAACGGAAACCCAACGUAACCGCAGCUUCGGAAUAUUCUCGCUGAUGAUGUCAUUGGGUGCGUGUCUAGGGUACUGGAUUGUGUCAGUUAAUUGGAGCGAAACUGUCCUGGGUUUUUACUUGGGAGGACACGAAAGAACGUUGUUCUCUCUACUGCUCAUCCUGUUCACAUUCUGUUUUAUUCUAUCGACUUACAUUGCGCGCGAUCCUCCAUUACUUGAUGCUUCACUCGAAGACAUCAUCGAAGUGAACUCUGCCAACCCUCAUACAGCUCUGAACGGAAAGCCAGUACUAAAGCCUGCAAAUGGUUCCACCAUUGCAUCAGUACCUUUUAUGGUAUCAGCAACUCAGAAGACUCUCUCCUAUCGUGUCCCCUCCAGGAUAUGCAUUCGUGUGAAGUCCAUGUGCUCGUCUCUUUUCGCCUGCAUUCCUAGACCAAAGAUUGACCUCAGCCCCAUUAAGGGCACUCUUGAGGGCAUAAGGACGAUGCCAAAGGCUAUGAAGAUGCUCUGGAUGGCUCACCUAAUGACGAGCACAGCAGUGAUGGGUUUUCGCUUAUAUUUCACGGACUACAUGGGCGAAUCGAUAUUCAGUGGCAAUCCCGAAGCAGUUGACGGCUCUCUUGUCAAAAGAGCUUAUGAAGAAGGUAUUCGUAUGGGAAGUUUUGGUCUCCUGCUGCAUAGCAUCAUCUCCGCCGUGUUCUCACUCGUCAUAGGGGCCGUUAUCACCCGGUGGGGGGCUGUUCGCACCUACCUGUUUGGCAUGGUGCUGUUCACAUGUGCAACCUUCGUCAUGCUCUUCAUGGACGGUAUCGUGUUCACACUGCUCCUAGCCAGCCUGACCGGCUUCGCCAAUGCUACUAUCACCACAGUUCCGUACACGUUGCUGACGGGGUACCAUCAGAAAAAAGAAUUGUACUACCAAGACAGCGACGAUACCGGUGUCCAUGGCAAGGGUGCAGAUCUGGCCCUCCUAGACAGCGCCUAUAUCCUCUCUGAAGUUAUCUCGUCGUUCGCCUUUGGCAUCAUCGUCGAGAUGACCGAGACGACGGGAGCGUACAUAGCAUGCUCAUUCGCGUGUGGUCUUGUGAGCUGUUUCAUGGUACUUAGAAUUAAGUAGUACUAAGUCCUUUUAUUAUAUAAUACAGUGAUGCCAGUUUUCAGGCAGUAGCCUGAAUUCGGGCCCUGGCGAGUUAUUUACAGACCAUAGUUUAGGCUUUUUUUCGUACAAAAUAGCUCAUUCUAGGUGAUUUUCAGGCCUGACCAAUUCUUACUGGCAUCCCUGAUAAUAGUGGAUG